AUGAGGGCGCUGGGACAGAACCCAACGCAGCAGGAGCUGAACGACCUGGUGAACGAGAUCGACACGAACGGCAACUCGCUGAUCGAGUUUUCCGAGUUUCUCACCAUGAUGGCAAGACAGAUCAAGGAGCAGGACGUGGAGGCCGAGAUCCUGGAGGCGUUCAAGGUGUUUGACAGCGACGGCGACGGCAAGAUUUCCCAGACAGAACUGGUCCGCGUGCUCACCACCAUCGGCGAGAGGCUCACCGAGGAGGAGGCCAGACAGAUGCUCCAGGCAGCCGACACAGACUCGGACGGCCAGAUCGACAUCGAGGAGUUCGCCAAGAUCCUGCUGCACCUGCGGCGGCAGGCGGCUGAUCACGCCGGCCAGCGCCGUCUCGACGCGUUCGACGAUCCGGAACGGCAGAUUCGUGAACCGUUUCAGGUAUCCGUAUCCGAGCGCAUAUCCGGCCAAAAUGGCAAACAAAUGGCCGAUGAAGCUCGAGCUCGGCACCAGCACGCCCACCACCAGCAGCAGGAUGAACGGGAUCAUCGUCGUGGGCACCGACACCGUGUAGAUCCGGGUGUUUUCCGCCGUCUGGGCCUGCAGAUAGUAGUAGUAGCUGAGCAUCGAGAAGCCCCAGCCGGACGCGCCGAGGACGCUCGUGGUGGGGAAAAAAAGCAUGCCACACAGGCAGUACGGCACGGCCACGCAGGUGGCCAGGAAGUUGAGCACGAUGGCCGUGUGGACAGUGCCGUGUUGCACCUCGAACUGGCACAGGGGGCCGUAGAGCGACACCAGGUUGAACAGCAGGUGGACGAAGUUCGUGUGCACGAGCGGGUACGUCGUCAGCCGGCUCAGCUCGAGGUUGUAGAGCGUCCAUGGCGUGAGCGACCACUUGUCGAUGAUGGCCGGGUUUGCGAUCGAGUAGAGGUACACGAGCACAAGAAACACGCACAGCCCGGUCGACAGCGCGGGCGCACGCUCGGAGGCGGCAAACAGCUGCCGGCCCUGGUCGGAAAUCUGCUGCAGUAG